CUGGUGGUGACGUGUGACGGUGUGUGGGGACACGAUGCCAACGUGUUCAUCGCCCACAUGGCUCAUGCGCUGUUGGAGAAGGAGGGGUGGAAGGGUCGGGGGUUCAGUCAUGUGUCUGGAUGCAUUCGCUCUCGCUUGUCUAUCGCCCUCGCGCGUGCGACUAGCUCCUGUCUGCGUGGGGGAGGGAGGGGAGGGUUUGCGGGACUGGGGUGUGCUGGUGGGGCGGGGAUUGAUCCCUCCUCCCCUUGAGCCUGUUUGAGUCUGCGUGCUGAUGGGACUGUAUUUGUAUGAGUAUCACGGACACACAGACGAGUGUUACGGUUAAUGACAGUUUCCCCCCCCCUCGACUGAGGGAGGCUGACCGAUAGCUGUGUGUAUGUGUGUGUGUUCUCGAUCACCAUGUCUUGAUGCUCACCUUCAGAGCUCGCCUCAACGCCCACGGAAGCUGUAGAGAUCGACAUGUUGGCUCCCAAGCAGGAGCGGAAACAGCGAAGGGCGGAAGCAGUGAAAGCAGGAGCGGCCUUCUUUGUUCAAGACUGACUGGCUUGCGAAGUGUAUGCGUGCCAUUGUAUAUAUGAGUGCCUCGCGUGUAGAUGCAUAUUAUGAGUGAUGGACGUCGACCAUACGCUUGUGAUUGACUUUUUCAGUGUGCCGCGCUUUGAACUCCCUCUAUCGGACACAAUGUGACUUGACGAAGCAUGCUUGUGCACAUAUUGCUUGUCAAACCGUGUGAUCUUUUGUUUCCUCUCUCGCUCAAACACACAGUCAGUCGGCACGCAUCGAUGGACAACGACGCUCCGGAGAGAGAGGCAGAGAAGCAGAUGGGCAGGGAACAGAGAGAGAGGUCAGCACGACCACAAAGAGAGAGGCGAGAGAGGCGUGAAUAGCUCAUUCAUCAACACAGAAUAUCAGAUAUAAAAUGUGGGCAGCGGUGUGUGUGGGGGCCUACUUGACAUACAAGCAUCAACCCUCCACUACCGGCAUCACCCGAAUCGACAUACACAUGCAAGGAAGCCAGUGACUCUCGCUGUGCCCCUCCCUCCCCACCUCCCUCCCUCCCUCCCUCUCAGCAGCCACACGUCCAGGAGCCAGCGCGUCAGCACCCAGACGGCCAGGAGCGAGACAGCCCACCCAGGGGCCAGCGCUGCCCGACUGCUGGGUGCCCCCCCUGCCGUUGCUGCGCCUGGCCCUCGGUGUCGUCGCCCUGCGCCUGCCCCUCGGUGUCAUCGCCAUCUACACCACACACACACACACACACACAUACGCACACAGAGAUACAGACACACGCAUAAAUGCACCCCUCCCUGUGCGGCUACCCACCCUGUUCACCUCUCCAUUCCCGCCUUGCCGCCGUGUCUGUGUUGCCAGGUAUGCGCUGAAGAGGAAUAUCAGCCACAGGAGCUCACGCGGGGAGCGGGUCAUCGACGCCGCUGCAGUGAAGGAGAACGUCGGCGGGUCGGCCGACGAUGGGUUCGUGGGGCUGUGAUGGCUCGCAGGCAAGCGGUGGGUCGCUUUCUCCAUCACCGGUCACCUUUUUUUGAGACAGCUCCACAGAACGACCCCCUCCACAGCUCCUUGUUCAAACCCUUGACGGUGGCUGCGAGGAAGGUCUUCUUGUCCUCCUCCACAUACUCGCUCGCCAUUGGAGUCGCCAGCAGUAUGGUGGUGAUCAAGAGCCUCAUCGGCUGUGUACUCUUCGGAUGUGCAGUCGCCACUGUCGGGUUGUCUCUGCAGGAGCCAUCAUGCCGCCCUGCAAUGACUCCUUCGAUGAGUGUGUUGACGUACUUGGACCGCGGGAUGCCAGCCUGAGCUGCCAGUGUCAAUGUGACCUCUAAGGCGUCGAACCGGGACGUUACACGCUGUGGGAUGAGACGAUCCUCAACGUUCAGAGCGUCUGCUGCUGCGGUGCACGCGUCUUCUAGGCAUCUUGUCUGGCUGUCGUAGGGCACGUUCCACGAAGCGUUGCCAUGUUAUGCUUGCGGUGUUGUUGCUGCUCCCUUGUGCAAGCUGUGCGGUCUGUGGCACCUAUAUACGCUCACACACACACACAGCCACACCAUGUCUAAGCCCCGCUUGUGUUGUGUCGUUCUCCUCACCCAGAAGUUGUACAGCAGCCACAAAUGCAGGUGGGCAAGGCCCCCACUCGCCGGGCCCCCUGGUUGCUUGUCGCCUCCUGUCCCGCCAUGGUGUUCGUCUGCUGGUGCCUAUCGAAGGAAACACACAUACGCACUCCACCUACCCCUCUACCAGUACGUUCUCUCUCGUCUGAUCCUUCUGACCGAUGCCCGCACAGGUUGCUGAUGGUCUGAUUGAAUGCUUCGGCGGCGGGGGCGCAGGCCUGGCACAGCCACUUUGCCAUCACCAUUGCCCCCUCACAGCAGAGGCAGCACAUGUACACGGGCUUGAAGUAUUCUUUUAAGACCGCCAAAGCGGCUGCACACAAAGAGCAAUACAGAAGAAGCCCAGCCGAUUAGAUAGAAUCAAUGCCUGCAUCUUGGGUGUCUCGCAAUCUGAGUCUUUUGACGAGUAACAGGGUCUCGGAUGUCGUCCUGGCUGUUGCUGGCCCUCGGCCUCCACUUUCGGCGGCACAACAGCUACAAAAAGCAAUGAUUGUACAUAAAAGCACUCAAAGCGCAAUGGCCAACAUUCCAGUGUGCACCUACCUGUGCCGUUGGCCACCCCCCACAACACAGCCAUCGGCUCAUUUGCCAUCUCACCGCUCCCUUCGAUGUCCACCACAUGGUGACCGUCUGCGUCUGCAAGUCACACACAUAUGAUCAUUUGCAUCAUCCCGAUGGCAUCAUCCACCCACUUGCUCACUCACCGCCCGCCGUGUAGAUGAUGACAUCCCCGUCCUUGAACACAUCGCGGGCCAGCUGGUCGCCCUCGGUGUCGGGCCAGCUGCCAGUGCAACGCACAAGAAAGGUUUAAGCAAAUUCGCAGCACCUGUGUUGGCGACGUACCCCUGGUAGGUGUUGACGGCGCUCGGAUCGAGCCGCUGACCUUUGCGGAGCCUGUUGUUGAUGUCGUCGACGGUUCUCGUGUCGUUUUCGGUCAGGACAAAUUCAUUUUCUGCGCCAUCUGGCGCAACCCAGCCGGAAGAAGACGCGGCCCACACUUGAUAGCUGAGCUUUGGACCUCUUGAUAGCUGGGCGUGCUCGCUAGGAGCUCUCGCUGCAGUGCAACGCACGAGAGAGAUCUGAGCAAAUCCGGUGUUUUCGGUCAGGGCAUGGUCAUUUCUUUUGCCAUUCGCCGUACUGUACCCCGCCGAAAUGUGACGCGCAUCAU